AUGUCAUCUGUGAUCGUCUUUGGCCCCACCGGCGGGGUCGCCUCUGUCGCGGCACUCACUGCCCGAGAGAAUGGAGCCAAGGUUUUCCUGGCCAUGCGAGACACCCAGAAACAAAUUCCUGGUUUGAGCACAGAGCAAGAACAAGAAGGUGGAUUUGAACGAAUCCAAGCGGACUUGACCAAUCCCGACUCCGUCGCUGCAGCUGUCAAAGCAUCGGGGGCAAAGCGUGCAUUCACAUAUGUCGCUUUCGGAACCUCUGAUCACAUGAGAGCCACCUUUACAGCAAUGAAGUCAGCCGGCAUUGAAUUUGUCGUCUUCCUCAGCAGUUACACCAUCGCAGGAGAGCCAAAAGACGUUGCUCCUGCUGACAUCAUCCCUUACAUCCAUGCGCAGGUUGAGGUCAGUCUCGACGAGAUAUUUGGACUUGAAAACUACGUUGCCUUGAGACCCGGUGGCUUUAUCACGAACUUACUGCGCUUCAAAAAGGGGAUUGAAGCUGGUGAGGUGAGGAUUUGGGCACCUGGUUUCCAAUUUGAUUGUAUCACACCCGGCGAUAUAGGCCGUGUGGGCGGCACGAUCUUGGUACAGGGCCCAAAGAAUGGCCAGAAGAAGGUGUAUUUGUAUGGCCCACGGGUCAUCGCCCAGGGAGACGCUAUUGUGGCCAUUGGAAAGAUCAUCGGCAAAGACGUUAAGCUUACUCUCAUCGAUGAGGAGGAGGCCUUGGGCCAGUUUAUUGCGGGUGGAAUUCCUAAACCAUUUGGGGAAUAUAUGAUCCGAAAGUCUGCAAGCACAUCGAACGAGCUUACGGACCGCGCAUACUACCAAACUGGUGUGGAGAAUGUGGAGCUAUACACGGGGAAGGCUUCCACAAAGUUCGAAGACUGGGUGGAAGCAAACAAGGGGCUUUUUAGCACUUAA